UAUGCAAAUGUUAGAGGAUAUUUAUAAACAAAAUAAAUAGUUUUUGAAUUUUGCAACAGAAGGAGGGUAGUUGAUUGCUAAAUAGUAACAGAGACAUUAGACUAAAAGAAAGCAGUCGGGGGGUUAUCGGUUACAUUUUAGCAGUCGUGGCUAACGUUUACAACUGUUGGAAUGCGGAGUGCUCGGGCAAUUGGCUGGUUAACAGCGGCGGCUCCGUGGGCCAAUCAGAGAGCAGCAGCGGUGGAGCUCUCUGCUAUUAGAGGCACGGUUCAGGAGUCCUUCAACACAGAGAAGGGAGAGGGGGCUGAGUGCUCUCGGCAGCCAUUUUCCUUAAACAGGACUCAAUGGCCUAUAUGGGUUUCCUUUGUUCCAAAAGGGAUCUUACACUUCAUUUCCUCAUCUCUUACGGACUAUGAUAAAACUAUGAUUGCUCCUUUUAAAGGAUUGAGAAGAUGGAGGAGAAUGUACUGGAUGUAAUACCCUGUGACAUUUUGAGCCUUUUUUCUCUCUGCCUGGAAUCCAUCUUUGUCUUAACUAGGUCAUGGCACACCCAUAUAGUAUUUAUAUUUCUAAGUAAAAAAGAAAACCAAAUGUUGUAAAUAAAUGGGUUUGGAGAUGUUCUGUGACAGACAAAAACACAGUUAAAAGUGACAAUAUGCUGGGCACUGCACUUAUGGCCUUUAGUAGGGAAUGAGUAGCAAUCAGUAAGUUCAAAUUCUUUUAACUAUUUGACAGCUAAAUGUUAUUAAAAGUAAGUUUGUUGUGAUCAAUUUGAAAUGCUGUAACACAAUUUUAUUUAAAAUAUUCACUGCAUGCUGACAUAUACAUGUUUUCUAGUACUUAUCAUUAGUAGACCAUAAAUAACGUUCUUUUGACUGUAUUUUAUUGGACUUUAUUUUUAUUUUUUUUACUGUUGACUGACCAUUAUUAUGUUGUGAUUAACGAAUUGAAAAACUCCUCUCACAGCAGCAACCUGACUCUUCUUGCACCCUGUCGAGCAACCGUGGAGGCAACGUCAAGCACGAUUAGGCUCGUGCCGUCCACUCGCCAUUUAACGGCUAAAUACGUCCAUGCUGUAGAGCCACGGGCUUGACCUUGUCUCAAGUAUGUAUCUGACUGUCUUAAAAACGAGGCCUAUUCACGUAAGAUUUUAAAACGUCAUUUUCAAAGUUAAAAAAAAAUGGGGGAGAUUUUUAGAGGGGGGAAACGUUCAUGGUGGAAAUAUUUACCUGAACCUUUAGAUGACAAGUAGGGAGGAGGCCUAAACUCGGGGGCAAGAGGACUGUUUUCAGCUCCAUCUUCCGAUCUUCUAAUAGUGAGAUUGAUGAGAAGUGGGAAAGCUUCUUCUGGAAAGGGAAAAAAAAAUCUAUUAGUACGACAGUUAAAAGGUCUUCUUUAAAAAAAAAAAAAAAAAAAAGAAUUCAUCAUUGCUUAUAUACCCCCUCAGCCCGCGAAUAUGCAUCAAGAAUCAGCAGUGUGGGUAAUAUGCAAACCAUCCCUUCUCUCCUUGAAGACAGGACGAGUAUAACCUCGACAUUUCUAGCCGAGCUUCAUCAUAAAACUGCAAGGAAAGGGAUGUUGGAGGUAAAAUGGUUGAGAUCCUUCAGUCUUAACCAUUAGAGCUGGUCUCUCUCACGCCUUCUUCCUCAAACGCAGUCAAGAGGAGGCAGAGCCUGCGCUGAAGUACCCACCCAAGAAAGUGAAAGAAGCAAAAGUCAUGCAAAAAAACCCCAAAAGGAAGUGAGUGCAUGACAGCCUCCUCGUGUGUCUGUGCUGCAGCGAACAGUCUCUCACGAUGGGACAGGAGGCGGGAGGCAUCAGGGUCUGAUGGAAGCGGCGUCAGUGUGACAGGAAAUGGUGAGCAGACUGAGCUACCUGGUAAAACAUGAGCUCCUUUCUCUUGGCUGCGAAUCAACGGGAACUUUGCUGAAUAUAGAUUCAUCAAUCUUUGCCAUGUCUUUAAAAUAAAAAUACAUUAAAAAAAACAAAAGAAAGGAGGGAACCUAUAUUGCCUCAUCCUGCCUGCUACCUGUCGGACCUGUUUGGAGGUAAAAUGAGUGAAAACGGUGGAGUAACAGGCAAAGGCAGGAGGGAAAAACAAGAACUCAAGAUUGUCAUUGUGGGAGAUGGAGGCUGUGGGAAAACAUCUCUGCUCACGGUUUAUGCCAAAGGACUAUGCCCCAUCCGUGUUUGAGAAGUAUGUCACGACUGUUGAUCUGGAUGGGAAACAGAUAGAACUCACCCUCAAUGACACAGCUGGACAGGAAGACUACGACAGACUGAGGCCGCUCUCAUACUAUGGGGUCAGCCUGGUUUUAGUGUGCUUCGAUGUCACCAACCCCACCAGCUUUGACAAUGUUCUAGUCAAGUGGUUCCCAGAGGUGAAGCACUUUUGUCAGGACGUCCCAGUUAUCCUCAUUGGGUGCAAAACUGACCUCAGGAAGGACAGGGAAUGCAUGAGGAAGCUGAAGGCCAACGGGAUGGCUCCCAUCUCAUACACACAGGGGGAACAGACGCAGAAGGAAAUCAACGCAGCGCUCUACCUGGAGUGCUCAGCCAAAUUUCAGGAGAACGUGGACAACUUGUUCAGGCAGGCCACCAAAAAAGCCUUGGCCUUCAACCGAAAACAGAGGAAGCUCAAGCGGAAGAAGAAAUGCGUCAUUUUCUGAGGGGGGGGGGGUGUCUUCUGAACAUCAAGACGUGGAAAGGACUGUUCUACACAUCAAUCCAGCAAACCCGGUUGCACCAUCUGACUGUUCUGCUUGAACUGCAACGUAAUGAGUCAUGCUGCAACAGGAAACCCUUCCUUUGAGAGAUGCACACAGACUUUUCAAAGAUAAAAUGGAAAAUUCACUUCCUGCUUGCAUAUCAAAUGACUGUUUAUCCCCAACUGCCAGUAUUUGAAUGAGUUUAGUAUUUAUGGGUAAUUAUGCUGAAACAACAAAGAACUAAAAAAGCAAAUAUUGGAUGUUCUCAUUCAGGAAUAGUGUUAGUUUAAAAGGGUUAUUAAAAAGAAACAGCAAUUAAUCCUUUAUAGCAAGACUAAAUGCUUACUUUUAGUUUUUUAAUUGUUGUUGCAGGAUUUUUACCUUUAACAACAGCGCCGACUAGAGGCACAAGGGUAUAAUGACCGUAGCAUCUCCUGUUUGAUGGACUUAUUUUCAUACACAUAAAAUACACAACUUCAUGAGGAAUUUUUUUUUAUUGAUGUACACAGAUUGAGAAACUGCAAACUGUGCUGUGUUACUGGCCAAACAUUGAGCUGAUAAAGUAUUAAAAUAAACUGCAACUGUAUGAAAAUCUGAAUUUA